CCGCUGGGAGCGGGGGCCGAGAAAGUUUGGGUCCGGAUACUGCCGAGGGAGGCGUGGAGGCUAUCAAUUAGAUGUUGAUAUGUAAAGCAAAAUGGCAAAAAUCAACACCCAGCACUCUUACCCUGGCAUGCAUGGACUGUCUGUCAGAACUACUGAUGAAGAUAUUGAAAGGAUUGAAAAUGGCUUUAUCAGAACCCAUUCACUGUGCGAGGAUACAUCUUCAGAGCUGCAGAGAGUCAUUUCUAUGGAGGGAAGACAUCUAUCUGGAUCACAAGCGAGCCCAUUCACAGGCAGGGGAGCAAUGGCAAGGCUGUCACGAUUUGUUGUAUCUCUGAGGUCGUGGGCCACAAGACAUCUACACCAUGAAGACCAAAGGCCUGAUUCUUUCCUAGAGCGUAUCCGAGGGCCAGAGCUUGUAGAGGUGUCCAGCAGGCAAAGUAACAUCCGCUCCUUCCUGGGCAUCCGUGAACAGCCUGGGGGAGUAAACAGUCCGUGGCCCUUGGCCAGGUUUAAUGUCAACUUUAGCAACAACACCAAUGAAGACAAAAAGGAAGAAAAGAAAGAGGUUAAAGAGGAAAAGAAAGAGGAAAAGAAGGAGGAAAAGAAGGAGGAAAAGAAAGAGGAAAAGAAAGAUGAUAAAAAAGAUGACAAAAAAAAGGAAGAGCAGAAGAAAGAGGUCUUUGUGAUUGAUCCUUCAAGCAAUAUGUAUUACAACUGGCUGACCAUCAUCGCAGCACCUGUAUUCUAUAACUGGUGUAUGCUUAUAUGCAGAGCCUGCUUUGAUGAGCUACAAGUUGAUCAUAUCAAAUUGUGGCUGUUCCUGGACUAUUGCUCUGAUAUCAUCUAUGUUUUCGACAUGUUUGUCAGAUUCAGGACAGGCUUCCUUGAGCAAGGCUUGCUGGUAAAGGACGAAAAGAAGUUACGAGAUAAUUACACCCAAACUGUGCAGUUCAAGCUGGACGUGCUGUCUCUUCUGCCAACAGACCUGGCGUAUCUGAAGCUGGGUUUGAACUACCCUGAGCUGCGAUUUAACCGCUUGCUGAGGAUUGCCCGCCUGUUUGAAUUUUUUGACCGCACAGAAACCAGGACAAAUUAUCCAAACAUGUUUCGUAUUGGAAAUCUUGUCUUGUACAUUCUCAUCAUCAUCCACUGGAACGCGUGUAUAUACUUUGCAAUUUCAAAGGUAAUUGGCUUCGGAACCGACACUUGGGUCUACCCCAAUGUUUCCAUCCCGGAGUAUGGGCGCCUGUCGAGGAAGUACAUUUACAGCCUGUACUGGUCAACGCUGACGCUGACAACCAUCGGGGAAACUCCUCCGCCUGUGAAGGACGAGGAGUAUCUCUUUGUGGUCAUUGACUUCCUGGUGGGAGUCUUGAUCUUCGCUACCAUCGUCGGUAACGUGGGCUCCAUGAUUUCCAACAUGAAUGCCUCCAGGGCGGAGUUCCAGGCCAAAGUCGAUUCCAUCAAGCAGUACAUGCAUUUCCGAAAAGUAACGAAGGAUUUGGAAGCCAGGGUUAUUAAGUGGUUUGAUUACCUCUGGACCAAUAAGAAAACAGUGGAUGAAAAGGAAGUUCUCAAAAAUCUGCCCGACAAGCUGAAAGCUGAAAUUGCCAUCAAUGUCCACUUGGACACACUGAAGAAAGUGCGUAUAUUCCAGGAUUGUGAAGCUGGACUGCUCAUCGAGCUGGUGCUGAAACUGAAACCUACUGUCUUCAGUCCUGGGGACUACAUAUGCAAGAAGGGAGAUAUUGGGAGGGAAAUGUACAUUAUAAAGGAGGGAAAGUUGGCAGUGGUGGCAGAUGAUGGUAUAACCCAAUUUGUAGUCCUGAGCGAUGGCAGCUACUUUGGUGAAAUCAGCAUCCUCAACAUCAAAGGCAGCAAAUCGGGCAACAGGAGGACAGCCAACAUAAGGAGUAUCGGUUAUUCGGAUUUGUUCUGCUUGUCUAAAGAUGAUUUAAUGGAAGCCCUCACAGAAUACCCAGAAGCCAAAAAGGCUCUGGAAGAGAAGGGCCGACAAAUUCUGAUGAAAGACAAUUUAAUAGAUGAGGAAGCAGCAAAAGCAGGAGCUGAUCCAAAAGACUUGGAAGAAAAAAUAGACAGGCUUGAAACAGCCCUGGAUACACUGCAGACGAGGUUUGCGAGGCUCUUGGCGGAGUACAGCUCUUCUCAACAAAAAGUUAAGCAGAGACUUGCCAGAGUAGAAACCAGAGUGAGAAAAUACGGUAGUGGCACGUUAUCCGUUGGAGAAGAAGAGCCUGAAAAACCCGAGGAGCAGAAAAAGGACUGA